GCCAGCCGCUAGCUCCCAGGACUAGUGCGGUGCACAGUGACGCUAAGCGUGAGGAUGCUUGUGGGUGGGGCGGCGCCUGCGCCGUGGGAGCUCGCCGUCCUGCGCGUGCGUGCCGCCGCUGGCCCUGCCUUCCACACCCUAGGAGACAUGGUGUUGUUGGAGCUGGCAGCGCGCCUCAAUUGCACUGAAUACAAAAACUGGGUGAAGGCAGGGCACUGCCUGCUGCUGCUACGCAGCUGCCUGCAGGGUUUCGUCGGCCGCGAAGUGCUCUCGUUUCAUCGCAGACUGCUCGCUACGGUUCCUGGCCUUGGUCCCCACGCCACCUGCCGCGGCGGCUCCCGGUGCAGCCCGCGCGCUCGCCAGUUUCAGCCUCAGUGUCAGGUGUGCACCGAGUGGAAACGCGAGAUCUUGAGGCAUCACCUCAACAGAAAUGGAGACGUGCACUGGGGAAAUUGCCGGCCUGGCCUCUGGCCCGUGGAUGCUUGGGAGGUAGCCAAGGCCUUCAUGCCUCGAGGACUGGCAGACAAACGAGGACCUGAGGAAUGUGAUGCUGUUGCUCUUUUAAGUCUCAUUAAUUCCUGUGAUCACUUCAUGGUUGACCGGAAGAAAGUCACAGAGGUGAUUAAGUGUCGCAACGAGAUCAUGCACUCUUCAGAGAUGAAAGUAUCAUCUACAUGGCUUCAAGAUUUUCAGAUGAAAAUCCAAAAUUUUCUGAAUGAAUUCAAGAAUAUUCCAGAGAUUGUAGCAGUAUAUUCUCGAAUAGAACAGCUAUUGACAUCUGACUGGGCUGUUCACAUCCCUGAGGAAGAUGAGCGCGAUGGGUGUGAAUUUGAAAUAGGAAGUUACUUGAGUGUGAGCCAAGUCCAUGAAAUCGAAAUGGAUCUGUUGAAGGAAAAACUGCAAGAGAUGUAUCUUCAAGCAGUAGAAGAAGAGGCCUUGCCAGAAGAGAUCUCGAAUCAAUUGGAUAUGGUGAAAGGGUUUCUGAGAAACAACACAGAUCUUAGAAAUGGCCUUAAAGAAGACAUACAGAAGCUAGACAGCCUCCAUCUAGAGCAUCAAAAACAAAGUUCAAAGGAUGCGGAGACAGACCCCUGAAAGGAAGGUUUGA